GGAGCUGCGUUCAGAAUUAGUGAGAAUUCUUAGAUUUGACCACGUUAUGGAUUUAAUCGGUUGCCUGAUUGUAGUGGGCCUAGUUAUCGUUAGCUCAGUGUCGUGUUCUGAGCACAAGCCGAAGCAUGAGUGGACCGAGGAUGAGUGUGAAGUUGAGUGUCUGAAGGAAAAGGGGUAUUUCGACACCUCUGGCAUUGAAGAAAUCAACACAGAGAUACUACCGGUAGCCGAUGCGCACGUGAAACGGCUAAAAGGUGGAGCGUCGGAGGCUAAAAGGUGGUUGGAUUGCAAGUGUACGGUGCCCACCAAAAAUCCUGCUUUCGAGCAAUACCUCAAAGCAAAUAAUGUCACCCACCUAAUGUUUAAGGCAAUGCGUAUGGGAGGCUGGAAUUUUGCCCAGAAGCGGCUGAAGAAUAAGGGGAUCAUAGUCCAGCUCCCCCACUCUGAGCAGCCCGCAGCCUCGCAGCCCGAGAUACACUCAAAAUCUCCGAAGCAGCACAAGUGGACUGAGGAGGAGUGUGAGAACGAGUGUUGGAAGAAGGAGGGGUAUCUGGUCGUCAAUGAGACGGACCAAAAAAAAAACCCAAAUGGGCUGACGGAGGUAGCGAUCGCCGAUGCGCAACUCGAGGAUGAGGAAGACGGGAAGACUGAAUGCAAGUGUGUGGUUGACAACAACAACAGUUUUCUCAAGAUGGCCCUCAAUAUGAAGAAAGUGCACCUCGAGGCAUUUGUUAGGCAGCACCAAAGCAACCCGCACAUUGCCCGGCUCUGGUUAGCCUCCAAGGGGUUCAAAACCGUCCUCGAGCAGAAGAAGAAGAAGCAAAAGACUGACAAGGAGCUGGCACAGGAGUCUUGCGUCGAGGAAUGCAUUAAAUUAAAGGGUUGGGUCCUCCUCCCGCAGGAACACAAAGGACCUUCGACCCGCGUACCUUUCGCAGAUGGGAAGAUGGAAGAGAAGGAAGUGUUCAACCCAGUAGUUCGUAAUAAUAAGACAAUAUCAGUAUGGAGUUCUAAAGAGUUAUGCAAUUGCAAUAAGCCAGGUGCAAAACUGCUCGCAUAUCUCCAAGAGAAGGGUCUCACAACCGAGGAAAGGAAGGAGUUCAACAUAAGCUUCAAACGGGGUACGCACAAUGGCGCACAAUGGUUAAAGAAUCACUAUCAGCUCGAUGUUCAGCCCGGAGUGAAUCCGUUCGAAGAAGAGACCUAUUUAAAGGAAUUAAAACAAAUAAAACCUGCAAGAUUUCACAAAACGCUGGAUACAGUGAAGGAUGAACACCACAAAAUGCACAUCAGAGGAAAGAGGCUGCUAGCUGCGUGCCUGCCGAUAAGGAUCUAAUUUAAUGUCCUCAGUUGUUUUUAUUGCUAUAAUAUGACAGCAAUGGUCAAAUCGCCUUUUUUUCUCAUUUUUAAUUGUUGUCUACAGAUACAAACUGUUUUCCACGUUAUUUAGAAUUUUAGACCAAAAUAAAAAUUUAGCAGAAUUUUCAAUGUGCAAA